CUUUGGAGUCAGGUACUGUUGUGCUCCAAGCGGAGUGUGGCCUGAGCCAGGUGGGCAGAGUAGGGCCUGGCCUCAGGAUGCUGGUGGGAGCUGCAGGCUGUGGGGAUGGCAAGGCGGUAGUGUCCCACAGUGGGCAGUGAGGUGUGAGAGGACCAGCUCAGCUGUGGACCUAGAGCCCAGGAGCAGGCAGAGCUUGGGGUGUCCUGGCAUUUCUGGAGGGUAUUUUAUCUCAGCCCCAUGGCUCCUUGUAGAGCCGUAGCUGGCUUCCUUCUGAGUGUCGAGUGUUCUCCUUGUGUCUCUGCCAGGGGGCCUGUUCUUCAGGAGCUUCCCCGAGGGGUGCUAGUGUUAGUAUUUUUACUACCAGCCUGCUUCCCAGUUCACCCAAAUGUUUGUGCCAAACUUUGUGCUCUUAGCCCGGGCUGCAAAGACCAAAAUGACAUGUUUUUUUCUCUUGAGGAUUUCACGGAGUCCCAGCAGUGGAAAACUGUUUCUUUAUAAAAAAGGAAUAGGUGCUAUGACAGAAGCAAGCUCUGGGUAUUGGAGGCUUCAGAGCGUGUGCACCUUGCUCAGCCCUAGGAAUUCUGGUGGACUUCCUGGAGGAAGAGACACCUGAGCCGGUUCUCGCAGGAAAACACGCCCAUCUUCAUGUGCAAAUGUUGUAACCUUUUCUCACCAAGCCAGUCGGAGCUGCUCUCCCACGUUUCCGAGAAGCACACAGAAGAAGGGGUUAAUGUUGAUGAGAUCAUUAUUCCCCUUCGGCCUCUGAGCACUCCUGAACCCCCCACCCGAAGCAAAGCUGGAGAUGAGUUUUUGGUCAUGAAGAGGAAGAGAGGCAGGCCUAAGGGGUCCACGAAGAAGGCCAGUGCCGAAGAGGAGCUGGCAGAAAACAUCGUGAGUCCCCCGGAGGACUGCCCGUUGGCUGCUGAGGAGGGGAGCAGCCUGGCUCCAGGCAGCUUGGAGUGUAGCAAGUGCUGUCGGAAGUUCUCCAACACCCGCCAGCUGCGGAAGCACAUCUGCAUCAUCGUGCUGAACUUGGGCGAGGAGGAGGGAGAGGCAGGUAAUGAGUCAGACCUUGAACUAGAAAAGAAGUAUAGGGAAGAUGAUCGAGAAAAGACCCCCAAAAGACCACGGAUGCAGAAAACAGAGAAGAUCCAGAAGAUCUUCCCAGGAAAGGAGGCUGGGCAGCCUUCUGGGGCAAAGAAACCCAUCAUAAGUGUGGUUUUAACUGCACAUGAAGCGAUUCCAGGUGCUACCAAGAUCGUUCCAGUGGAGGCUGCGCCCCCCGAGACAGGAGCUGCAAAUCCUGAGACCACCGCGGCAGACCUGGUGCCUCGGAGGGGGUACCAGGAGUACGCUAUUCAGCAGACGCCGUACGAGCAGCCGAUGAAAUCCAGCAGGCUAGGUCCCACUCAGCUCAAAAUCUUCACUUGUGAGUACUGCAACAAGGUCUUCAAGUUCAAGCACUCGCUGCAGGCCCACCUGAGGAUCCACACCAACGAGAAGCCAUACAAGUGCCCCCAGUGCAGCUACGCCAGUGCCAUCAAGGCCAACCUCAAUGUGCACCUGCGCAAGCACACGGGUGAGAAGUUCGCCUGUGACUGCUGCUCCUUCACCUGCCUGAGCAAGGGCCACCUCAAGGUGCACGUGGAGCGGGUGCACAAGAAGAUCAAGCAGCACUGCCGCUUCUGUAAGAAGAAGUACUCGGACGUCAAGAACCUCAUCAAGCACAUCCGUGAUGCACAUGACCUACAGGACAAGAAGGUCAAGGAGGCCUUGGAUGAGCUCUGCCUGAUGACCAGGGAGGGUAAGCGUCAGCUGCUCUACGACUGCCAUAUCUGUGAGCGCAAGUUCAAGAAUGAGCUGGACCGAGACCGCCACAUGCUGGUCCACGGUGACAAGUGGCCCUUCGCCUGCGAGCUCUGCGGCCACGGGGCCACCAAGUAUCAGGCGCUGGAGCUGCAUGUCAGGAAGCACCCCUUCGUGUAUGUCUGUGCCCUGUGCCUUAAGAAGUUUGUGAGCUCCAUCCGUCUGCGCUCCCACAUCAAAGAGGUGCACGGGGCUGCCCAGGAGACCUUGGUCUUCACCAGCUCCAUCAACCAGAGCUUCUGCCUCCUGGAGCCUGGUGGGGACAUCCAGCAGGAAGCCUUGGGGGACCAGCUGCAGCGGGCAGAAGAGGAGUUUGUGUUCCAGAGGGUGAAUGUGCUCAAGGAGGAGGCCCGUCCUGGGGAUGCUUGGCCUGAGGAGGAACAGAAGAAGCUAGAGGCCCCUGUGGAAAUACCUACCUCAGCUGUGCACCUGGCCUCCCCCCAGGCCAAAAGUGCAGCCCCGCCACCCAGAGAACUGGAAACCACCAUGAUCUCAUCAGAGCUGCCUUCUGAGGCAGCAGUUUCAGAUGAGUUUUUAUUGAAAAAUGGUAGCUCUUCUGCUGAGGGCAACACUGCUCCCAAGAAGCCCUCAGGCAGCCAGCAUAGAGGCUCUGAUCAGACUCAGGGUGAAGUAAUCACGGUACUACUUUCCAAGGACCAAAGUGCUGGGCCGAACCAGGGGACCCAGGGUGCUGAGAGCCCCCCAGGGGAAGGGCAAAGAAUGGCCACCCUUCCAGAGAGUGACCCAAAUCUUAGCAGGUGUCUCAGGUCCAACACAGCUGAAGCCUCAGACCUCCUUCCUCCAGUAGCCGGUGGUGGGGACAUUGUCACACACCGGCCUGACUCUUGUAAACCUGCCCCUGAGCACCGGCCUAGCAUGACUGCAUUCAUGAAGGUCCUAGACAGUUUACAGAAGAAGCAAAUGAACACCGGUUUGUGUGAAAGGAUCCGGAAGGUCUAUGGGGACCUGGAGUGUGAAUAUUGUGGCAAACUUUUUUGGUACCAAGUGCACUUUGAUAUGCAUGUCCGCACCCACACCCGGGAACAUCUGUAUUAUUGCUCCCAGUGUCAUUACUCUUCCAUCACCAAAAACUGCCUUAAACGCCAUGUAAUUCAGAAACACAGUAACAUCUUGCUGAAGUGUCCCACUGACGGCUGUGACUACUCGACUCCAGAUAAAUAUAAGCUGCAGGCACAUCUUAAAGUUCACACAGCGCUGGACAAAAGGAGUUAUUCUUGUCCUGUGUGUGAAAAGUCUUUUUCAGAAGAUCGAUUGAUAAAGUCACAUAUCAAGACCAACCAUCCUGAGGUCUCCAUGAGCACCAUUUCUGAGGUUCUAGGGAGGAGGGUUCAGCUGAAAGGGCUCAUUGGAAAGAGAGCCAUGAAGUGCCCGUACUGUGAUUUCUAUUUCAUGAAGAAUGGCUCAGACCUUCAGCGGCAUAUCUGGGCUCAUGAAGGUGUGAAACCCUUCAAGUGUACUUUGUGCGAAUAUGCCACUCGUAGCAAAAGUAACCUCAAGGCUCACAUGAAUCGUCACAGCACUGAGAAAACCCACCUAUGUGACAUGUGUGGCAAGAAAUUCAAAUCAAAAGGGACACUGAAAAGUCACAAGCUCCUUCACACAGCCGAUGGGAAGCAGUUUAAGUGCACAGUGUGUGACUACACAGCAGCCCAGAAGCCACAGCUGCUGCGGCACAUGGAGCAGCACGUCUCUUUCAAGCCUUUCCGCUGUGCCCACUGCCCUUACUCCUGCAACAUCUCCGGCUCUCUGAAGCGUCACUACAACAGGAAGCACCCGGACGAGGAGUACGCCAACGCCGGCACUGGGGAGCUGGCCACAGAAGUGCUCAUCCAGCAAGGGGGUUUGAAGUGUCCUGUCUGCAGCUUUGUAUAUGGCACCAAAUGGGAGUUCAACAGGCACUUGAAGAACAAACAUGGCUUGAAGGUGGUGGAAAUUGACGGAGACCCCAAGUGGGAGACAGCAGUGGAAGCUCCAGAGGAGCCCUCUACCCAGUAUCUCCACAUCGCAGAGGCAGAAGACGUUCAGGGGACACAGGCAGCGGUGGCCGCACUCCAGGACCUGAGAUACACCUCUGAAAGUGGCGACCGGCUUGACCCCACAGCUGUGAAUAUCCUGCAGCAGAUCAUCGAGCUGGGCACCGAGACCCAUGAUGCCACUGCCCUUGCCUCGGUGGUGGCCAUGGCUCCAGGGACGGUGACUCUGGUCAAGCAGGUCACUGAGGAGGAGCCCAGCUCUAACCACACGGUCAUGAUCCAGGAGACCCUCCAGCAAGCCUCCGUGGAGCUGGCCGAGCAGCAUCACCUCGUGGUGUCCUCUGACGACGUGGAGGGCAUCGAGACAGUGACUGUGUACACGCAGGGAGGGGAGGCCUCAGAGUUUAUCGUGUACGUACAGGAGGCUGUGCCACCUGUGGAGGAGCAGGCAGUGGAGCAGCCGGCCCCGGAGCUCUAGAGGACAUGCAUUGCCAGAGGGUCACCGCACAUGGCUGCCGGCCUCUGCAGCACCCAGGACGGGAGCCACCCAGCCCUCCUAGCCCAUAGAAUGGCACUCUCUUCUCCUUCCUUGUCUGGCAGCCCAAUGGGACCCUCCUCACCCUACUUUGGGUAGGCGGGGCAGUCGGCCUCACCAGCAGCACCCUGUCCCUGGUACAGAGACACGCUCCCAGCCUGUGCCGUCUGCUUCCAGAAGGACUUCUACACCAGCGUCCCACACUUGCCCUACACUGUUUCCCCUGAGACUCCCAGUGACCACAGCAUCUUCCCAAGUCACCCCAGCCUCCCAGGUGCUGAAUCUCCAUCUGGGACCGCUGUGCGGUCUGAUGAGAAGAGACAGCCAUCACUUAGAAAGUGACCUUAC